AUGGUCCUUCAAAAAAAUUGCUUAGCAUGUUUUCAUAUAUUUAAAGUCUAGUAGGUGGAAAAUGUAUAUGGAUUUCAAAUGAAUAAUUUACAGUAACUUUUUUAGCUUGUUUGUAAUAAUAAUGUAAUAGAGAUUACUUAAAAGCCAGUUAGGACAAAAUUUGUGUUUAAGACAACUGAAUUAAAUCUGUAAUUAGAUUAUUUGAUAAUAUUAUCAUUCCAUAAUCCAAUAAAUUUACUUUAAUUUUUCUAAAUGAAAAAUUUCUUCCAAAAACAGAUUUAAUUUAUAAAAAUUAUGAGGGAAUUAGUUUUGUAGGAAGGCUAUAAUUUAGUGAUGGAAUGCAAUAUUAGAUGA